UCAAACUGUGGGCAGACAAACAUAACACCAGAAGAGAGAAAGCAGACAGGGAGAGUUAUUAGCAGCAGCAGAAGAACAUUCGGGAGCUCCAAGAUUUAAAAAAGAUAUAUAUAUUUUAUUCAAGUUUUCCUGUUUCUAUAAGUAUUGUCCUCUUCACUAAGCAAUGAGAGACCAUGUGGAUACAUUGGAGAAUACUGUGGUCAGUUUGUCACCUUGUGAGACCCAUCUGUCUAAGGAUUAUCCUCUUGACUGGACUCUGUACAUCCCUGCUUAACUGGAUAACCAACACACUGUAGGAAACAUGAACACUGAGUCUCUGGACAGGUCCAUCCAGAACACUCUCUCAGCCCUCUUUCCCCCCUUUGAGGCCACAGCCCCCACCGUCCUGAGCCAGCUCUUCCAGGUAAUAGAGGAACGUUUCCGUGGAGACGCCCUCCAGUGUCUACUGGACUUCCUCAUCCCGGCCAAACACAUCCUUGAGAGUGUUCAGCAGGCUGCCUGUGCCCAGUACUCUGAUGUGGUGUUCUGCUGUGAGGGCUGGCCUCUGUGCCUGCAUGAGAAAGUGGUGAUUCAGCUGGCCCCGAUCAACCCCCUAUUUCUGUGCCCAGGGGACUUCUACUUGCAGGUUGCUCCCUUCUCUGAGCAGGCCGCCCGCAUCGUGGUCCGGAGCCUGCUGGAGGACGGACAGGGUCAGGUGGUGGAGGUGGAGGUGGAGGAGACACCCAUCCCUGAGACCUCCUACCCCUGCAUCUUCUCUGAGGACUGGCUAGGGGAGCUCAACCAAGGCCGCCACGGUACUCCACUUAGCCACUGUGUCCUCUCCACAGACCAGGGCACGGUGAAGGUGCCAUGGGCGCAGGUCACUCUCCCUGAGUUUGUGGAUAAACCCAGAACUAUGGCCUCAUCAUCUCUUUCCCCGGCUGCUGUUCAACAGGAGGUAGUGGCAGGGCCCAGGCCCUCAUUGGUCCUGCCUCACCCUGCACCUGCGUACUCUGUGGAGACUAGGAUCUCUCCUGCUAAACAUGGCAUUGCGGUGUCGCUGCGUCUGGUGGACAGUAAUUGCUCCCGGCUGGUUAAGGUGGAUCAGGAUGGGCCUAUGGCUAAGCCCAUAGGCUGGGUGUCUCCCAACACAUGGGACAGCCGCAGCAACAACACCUCUGAGGUUGAGGGGGAAUACGUGGACUUGGUGGAGUUCACAAACAAGAAAGAAGCAUUGCUCCUCAGUGGGGCCCACAGUCACAAACACCCCAGAGCGCUCAUGUCUAGGCCUGUUCCACUUAACAGUCCUGGUGUCCCUCUGGCUCCAGCCCUGCCCCUGUCCUUGGCCCAAGCCCUGGCCCCCAACCAGCCCCUCAAGGAACCCUUACCCUGCGGCCGGACCAUCCGGUCCUCCGAGGAGCCCCCCUGCACCCCUUGCAUGAGGAGGAGAAUGGGCCAGGUGUCCAAAGCACAGGAGCUCAGGUGCCGGUACAGGGAGUCUUACCAUUCAGCACUUCAGAACCCUGUUACCUUUGAGAGAGACAAUACACUGAAUACACUGGCGGUUCUGGAGGAGGCUGGUCCAUGUGAGGGGAGGCUGGGACUAGAGGGUAAAGAACUAUGUCCUGGUGUCUCCCAGCAGUGCUGCCAUCCAGACCCAGGACAUCAUGACCAGAUUCCUCCUGUUAGCACUGUUACCUGUAGGGAGUCGGGAGAAAGUAACACUAUAUCCAGUGGAAUUUUACAAGGCCUGAGUGACACUAUAGAGAACAAUGGGAGAUGUCCCUCUUCUCUGUCGACUACUGUUGUGGACACAUCAGAGAAGUGUGAAGUAGUGAUACAAGGAAGAAAAAUUAGGAGGGAUAUUGUCUCGUCUGCAGAGAAGAUUCCCAGCUUACAUGUAGUGCAAUGUAAAAACGCCACAGCUUUUGGACUGGUUUCCCCAAAGAUGAACAGGCGGAGACUGCCCAAAGAUGUCUCCCAGGCUUGCCAACCCUCCAUGUCUGUUAGAAACGGACAACAGACCACUCCACCGGCCCCUCUCCCUGAGACAACCCAGCAGCCCCCGGGUCACUAUGCUGUGCCCAGGUCUAAGGUCCAGGCACCAGACUCAGCAGAACCUAACACUCACCCCCUCCAGAUGGGAAUAGCAUGUCUUACUGGAGGCAGAGACAGGACAGGUCGGUUGGUGGUUGAGGUGUACGGAGACCAGGAAGGAUGGAGAUCUCCUUCAGUGUCUAGUCUAGAACUCUGCAAACUGCUGCUCUACCUCCACUCUGUAAUCAGGAGAGAACUAAGAGAACUUGGACUGACACUAGUUAUUGAUGCUCGGCAGAAUCCACCUCCAUCACAGUUCAAUAAGGCCUUGCUGAUGCUUCAGGAGCAGAUUCCCCAUGCAGUACACAGUGUCCUUAUCCUGGUGGAGAAAGAGGGCUGCCAUCGCCCAGAGAAAUGUCCUGGACAACAGAUUGAUGUAGUGACAUCACUGAAGGCGUUGCACAAGCUGGUGGAGGGGAGCCAGUUGACCUACGGCCUAGAGGGCACCCUGCCCUACAGCCACCAGGACUGGCUGCAGCUCCAUCAGAAACUUCAUCCCUUCAUGUCAGAUCUCCAGGAGGCUUCAGGUUUGCUACUGAAGGCCAUCAGAAAACUAGAGGGAGGUUGUAAGAUUGACAAAGUGCAGGAUGUACAGAGGUGUAUUCUAGAACAGAGAACGCUGAUGAAGGAUGUUCUGGAGGACAGCCGGUUGGUCGCUCUGCAAAGGGAGGGCGGAGCCAUGCUGGCCAGGCUGAGGAGGGAGAGUGACCUCAGAUACUCUCACUGUGAGGAUUACAGUGAUGCUGUAGACUCUGUGACCUGUAUGUACAACCAUGUAGAGGAGCAAGCCCAUAUGCUGGUGCAAAGAUCCAACAUGUCCCUGGAGCACCUUGAAUACCUGCUCCAAAUCAGAGAAAUGGAGGGCCACUUCUCUAAGAUCAGGGAAUGGUUUGAUGCCGAAGGGGAACGGCAGUUGCUGGAGGCAGAAUCUGUGGAGGACUCCAGAGAAAAGGUUGCACAUACUCUCCAGAGUUUCAGAGCAUUCCUCUCUGAAGCCAAUGAGCAGAAGCACCAGGCUAUGGUCCUGGUGAAAGAGGCAGCGAAGAUCCAGGGCCCAUCUCCAUACCCUGAGACUGAGGUGUUCAGGACCAUGGUGUGCACUUUCAAGUCUGGCCUGGCUGACUCCCUCUCACGGGCAGAGAGGUGCUCCAGUGAGCUGGAGACUAUGGUCUCUGUGUGCAGCUUCUGUGAACAGGCUACUGAACUGGCCAAAGACUGCAGACAAUACCUGGGCCAGGAGCAGGUUGGCAGACACCCAGAGACGGAUGAUAUCUCUACACUCCAGAUGUACCAGGAGAGCUUUGUCCAGUUCUCCCCAGAUCGCUUCCAGGAGGUGAAGGCCCAGGCGUGUGCUCUGAGGGGCUCCAGGGGCAUGCGGGUGUGGAACGUAGCCUGGCUCAAGUGUCAGGAGGUUAGGCAGCAACUGGAGGAGAGACUACAGGAUGUGGAGAGGGCCUUGUGGAACACAGGCUCCUGGUAUGAACAACGUAGACAUGGUGAGGAUCAGGCCACAGCUCAGACAGUGACUCAUCAUGAUAGAGCUCUGUUACUGCCCAGACCUGGUCCACCACACUGGUACAAUCCCCCAACAGGCUCUAUGGUGGAAAGGUAUCAUGGGAACUUGGAGAGCAGGAACAACUCUGUGACCUGCUGUAAUAUCAACUUCAAGCCUCAGAAUAGCAGACCUUGUAAAGGGUCAAAGGCCACCACCGUGCAGGCCUCUCCCCGUAUCAAAUCCAUUAGGAGAGCGGAGAGGGAGCCCAGCAGGAGAGAGGCUUGUCGAGGGAGGAGAAGAGAGGCCGCCACCCUUGCAGACUCACAGACGGUGGGCUGUGAGUGGUUCCCAUGGAAACGUGGGGGCCUGGGCCGGUCCAUGAGCGAGGACUCGUGUGCGACCACCAUGUCCAGUCAGUCUGAGGCUCGGGUCCAGACACCGUCCUGCUCCCACGGGCAACCCUCCUGCCGGAUCCUGCAGGCUGCUCAGAAGUUCCAGAUCUCACGGCAUGGCAGCUUCUGCUCAGCAGAGUCCUGUAGUGGCCAAGAGGGGGCAGAGAAGGCCUCUUCAAGGAAUACUAGCUCAUCAGUGAGAAGGUGUGAGGGAACAACAUCUCUGGCAAGUCCAGAGGAGAACGCUGGCAGUGUUAUGAAGCUGCAGAGGAUCAUGGAGGAGCUGCUGUUAACAGAGAGGGAGUAUGUGCGUUCCCUGGGCUACAUCCUGAUGCAUUACCUCCCCCUACUGGAGAGGACUGACGUGCCCCAGGACCUGCGGGGCAAACGUGGAGUGAUAUUUGGAAACCUGGAGAAGCUGUAUGACUUCCACGGCCAUUUCUUCCUCAGGGAGCUGGAGGCCUGUCAGACAGAACCCUUAGGAGUGGCUCGUUGCUUCCUAAGACACAGAGAAAGUUUAGGCCUUUAUGCUCUCUACAGUAAGAACAAGCCUCAGUCAGAUGCCUUAAUCCUUCACCAUCGCCAUGACAUCUUUAAGAGGAAGCAGCAGGAGCUGGGGGACCACAUGGACCUGUCCUCCUACCUGCUGAGGCCCAUCCAGAGGAUCAGUAAGUACAGCCUGCUGCUGCAGGACAUGCUGGGGGUAUGUGGGCCUCAGAGAGACAGGGACAGGGAAGAGCUCCAGGCUGCAGCCGAUGUGAUCCGCUUCCAGAUGCGUCAUGGCAAUGACCUCCUCACCAUGGACGCCAUCCAGGACUGUGACGUGAACCUGAAGGAGCAGGGCCAGCUGAUUCGCCAGGAUGAGUUUAUCGUGUUCUUCAGGAAGAAGAAGUGCUUCCGUCAUAUCUUCCUCUUCCAGGAUCUCAUUCUCUUCAGCAAAACCAAGAAGACAGACGUGGGCAAUGAUGUGUACAUCUACAAACAGUCUUUCAAAACGUCUGAUAUCGGGAUGACACAUAACUCUGGAGAGAGUGGUCUGUGUUUUGAGAUCUGGAUCCGUAGGAGGAAGUCCCAGGACACGUACACUCUGAAGGCUGACAGGGCAGAGGUGAAAAGGUCUUGGACCAGAGACCUGGAGCAGAUUCUCUGGGAACAAGCUGCCUACAGCAGAGACCUGCGGAUGCAGGAGAGGGUGUUCAAUGGGAUGGGGAGGAAACCUUUCAUGGACAUCCAGCCUAGUGAGGCAGCAAUCUGUGACAGGGCUGUCAACUGUGUCCUGGUAGGAAGAGCCCCGGUGCCGUCUUGUCUACAAACAGAUCUUGAAUAUCUCCGGCCCAACUCCAUUGGUUCAGGCAGUAGUGCCUCUACCUCCUGCAGCCACUCAUCUUCCUCCUCUGGACGAGGUUCUUUACCUCCGGUUGGUUACCCUGGCAACCAGACACAAGGUGGGGAGGCCAAUCAUAUUGUUUAUUCUUUCCCGGCGACUGUGACGGAAGAGGACCUCAGUAAUCAUCAUAAUCACCAGAAACAAAACCUUCAUCUCAUGGGCUGCACAGAUUCGUCAGGUGAGAGUACCAGUGUGUUCAUAAGCUUGGAACGCAGCUGCCUCUCUGCUAUUGGUGGAGAGGUGGAGGACUCGUCAUCUGUCACGUCCCAGAGUUCCCAGUCCCAUGUCAGCCAGAGAACAGCAGCACCCAGCCUCAGAAAGAACAGCUCACCUGCUACCAUCAGGAAGAAGCCCUCCAUCUCUCCCAAACCACCAGUGCUGGCUGCUCCUCAGAGCCUACAAAAGAUCAAAGAAAACCGACGGCCAGUACUUUCUUCACAGGGCAAAGAAAUGGUUGCUAUAGGAAAAUCAACAGAAGUUUAACCUGUGGAUUCAACGGUUUCAUCCAGUCAGAUUGAUGGUGCAGCCUACUGAGAACGUCCUGUGGAUCUCUGAGGAGUGAUGAUGGAGUGCUGUCAAGCUGACCAUCCUGGCACGAAGAAGGUUCGAAUUAAAAACGCUUUUGAUAACAGAUACAGUAGACCUCUAGUUGACAAGCACUGGAGAGAAAGUCACUUUUGUUUUUAAAGAGCUACCGUAUCUGGAAUAGUCUAGCUGAAAUAUCCUGAAAAUGAACACCUGAUGGACUGUGAUUAAAGGGUGUCCACUCAUCUGAUAAAACUACUUGAACAACCUUUAUCAGCUACUGCUUUAACUGAAUGACUAUGCGUUUGACAUCAUUGGCUCAUAGAACUGACUUCCUUUUUUCUUGUAAUAUGAUUGAAAUCUCAGCUAUGAAUUUCAAUGUUGCAAAUUUCUUUGGAGCUGAUCACAUCCUUCCCAUGUGAUGUUGACUCUCUUGAUUACCACAUUUUUACACACAUUUAACACUGUUUAUAAUAACAAUGUAGACAUUGUCAAACUCAAACAACUGGCGAAAGAAACAACAGUCUUGUCCCCAUCAGUUUUCUCUGCAGGUUCAGGGCAACUUGUCAGUGGCAUGCUUAGACAUGAUUUGCUGUCCAGACAGGUAAAUAGAUUUGGGAUCAAUUAUCCAGGGUCAAAAUAAGCCCACUGACAGGUGGGAAAGCAGAGAAGCAGCAAUAUACAUAGGCCGGGAUUCAAUCCAAAAGGCGGAUUUGGACAAUGCACCAUUUAAGGGAAUUUCGGAUUGAGCCAACAUAUGCAGCGUUUACCGUGAAUGUGGUCUCUGUGAACACGGGAAUAUUGCUUUUCAAACAUGCAUUGCGGAGAAAUUGCGAUCAGAUUAAACCCCGGCCUUAAUCUAUUUUUUCCAUUUGGACAGAAAGCUCUGUGAAUAUAAUCUCUGGAAAGUGCAAACACCACUAACUGGCAAUUAUGUGAGGGUCCGUCUGGCAUCAUCAGAAGCCACCAACUUCUGACUGACUAUUAUCCGGUUCAGUCAACAUUUUAUUUUACAAUACUGUCAUUAUAAAAUAUGUACAUUAUUGACUUCUUUCUUUUCUUUUAUUAGAAAAAUGAAUGAGCAACUUUGCUUCCUUUUUAAAUGUUAAUAUGGUGUGACAUUCUUUGAAACCACUGUUACCAAUGUUAGUUUUGUUCAUUGUCCACAUUUCCCUUUUUCUUUCUUUUUUCUUUUUUUUUAAUGUUUUUUUAUAUCCUGCUCAAUGCAAUGAUUCUCACUGCAAAGCUAUUUUUUAUAGGAUCAAUGCCAUUUUUUGUAGACAAUUGAGGACUUUGCCUGUAUUUCUCCAGCAGCUAGUUUGAACUGCAACUCACCCUUAUGUUGUGCAAUUAGAAGAAAUGGGAACAACUUCGUUCACUGGAAAAUGAAACUUGCCACCUCAAAAGGUCAUAGGUCAUGACUAAACCUUGUGACCUGACUGACCGAGCAUAGUCCUUUUGGUCAGCACAUAGCUAUCGGUUAAACUGUCUGUAUCAGAUAAUUAACAACACUGUUGUGUAGGCAAGUGAUUCCCAACUCCGGUCCUCCAGUACCUCCAACUACAGACAUUUUUUUAGCACACCUGAUUUAGCUUGUCAACUAAUGAUCAGACCCUCAAUGAGUUGAAUCAGUUACUGUAUGUUUGUCCGGGGCUACAACACAAAUGUGUGCUGUUGGUGGUAUUCCAGGACCAGAGUUGGGAACCAGUGGUGUAGGCUACCCUGCUGAACUGAACGCUCCUCUACCAGCUCCCCUCCACUGUCCUGAAAAGUCAAACAUGGGUCAACUGCAAUGUCAGUGCACAUAACAUGAGUAUAAAAAUGACGCAUUGAGAUAUUAUUUAUUUAAAUGUGGGUUGUCAUUUAAUUAUAACCUCUGUCUAUGAUAUUAAUAUAUGUUACAAAAAACAAUAAUGACAUAAAAGGUUUAUGCAAAAA